GUCACUCACAACAGAAGACAGUGAGGACAGCACUGUAGCUACUCGCUGUUUUACAUUACUAACCUGCUGCUCUAUCGAUAAAGAAACAAAACAACAAUAACCACAAGAUGGCCCAGUGGCAGGACCUGCUGCGGCUGGACGCGACCCUCCAGGCCCGGGUGAGCCAGCUGUACGAGGGGAAGUUCCCCAGAGAGAUCCGCCACUACCUGUGCGUCCUGAUAGAGAGCCUGGACUGGGAUUUGGCAGCUGGGGAUGAAAAUGCAGCAAGCACAUAUUUCCAUGCACUGCUGGAGGAUCUGCAAGAACAGUGCAUCCGUUCCGUGCAGGAGAACAUCCUCUUACCGGGACCUGAUUACACUGGGAUGAAGGACUACCUGCUGAAAAACUUUGAAUAUAAGCCACUGAACCUGGCUGUAAUCCUCUCUGAGUGCCUGAAGGAGGAACAGAAGAUUAAGGCUUCAGCCUCUGAAGUACAGGCUUGUGGCAGUCCAGACAUGGAUCAAAAAUGGAAAUGGAAAGAUAUGGACAACAAAAUCAAUGAACUGAAAAGACUGAUUAUGGAGGUGAAGAAGGAAAUGAAGUCACUGGAGUUUCUUAAUGACAACCUUGACUUCAUACAGAAGACCUGGCAAAACAAAGUGGAGCAGGACAUUGGAUUGGCCCAGUCCCAUGCUGUUGUGGAAGAGGAAUGUCGUAAGCGGACCAACUUUAUCAUACAAACAAAGCAGGUGCUGCUGCAGGAGAUCGUGAACAUUUUGAACCUGGCUCAGCUGAUUGUGGCGACUCUCACCGAGGUGGAGCUGCCCGAAUGGAGGCUCAGGCAGCAGCUGGCCUGCAUUGGAAGCCCAGCCGACACCUGUCUAGACCAUCUCCAGAAGUGGUUCACAGCUGUGGCCGAGGUGCUACUGCGAGUGCGCGAACAGCUGCAGAAACUGAAAGAGCAGAACAACACACCCGACAGCACCGAUGCCUCCAACCUGCCUGGCCUCAUGGCAGUAAUUGAGAACCAAACACUGUCCUUGUUCACACAACUACUUGCAAAUGCUCUGGUGGUUGAGAAACAGCCGAUCAUGUUGAGUUUACCACAACGACCUCUGAUACUGAAGACCGGGGUGUGCUUCUCCGUGAGAGUGAGGUUCUUGGCAAACCUUCCAGAAUUCAAGUGCCUGCUCAAAGUCAAACCUGUAUUUGACAAGGAUGUUGAAGAAGUCAAAACGGUUAAAUGGUUCCGUCACUUCGACUUCAACAGGGAUGAGUGUAAAGUGUUGGACGUGGACUCGCCCAAUGGAGACUUGGUGACAGAAUUUGGUUACAUGUGUCUCAAGGAAAUCAAAGGAAGAACGAAAGGAUCAAUUGAGUGUCGCCUGGCAGUCACUGAAGAACUCCACAUCAUUAAGUUUGUGACACAGUUCCGCCAUGUUGGACUGGAACUCAACAUUGAAGCCAGCACUCUGCCUGUGGUUGUCAUCUCCGCUACCACGCAGGUCUCCAGCGCCUGGGCCUCCAUCAUGUGGAACAACAUGCUGUCCACCGGUGACUCCAGGAACCUGCAGUUGUUUGUGGACCCUCCUCCCCUCACAUGGGAGCAGCUGUCCCAGGUUCUCAGCUGGCAGUUUUUGUGCACUGGCAAGCGGGAGCUUGACGAAAACCAGCUCUCCGUGCUAAGAGACAAGAUUGUGGAUGAUCCUGAUGAUCUAGUUCACUGGAGCAAGUUCUCCAAGAAUAAAAAUGCCUGGCUCUGGAUUGAUGGAAUCCUGGAUCUGAUCAAAAAACACUUGGUUGAUCUGUGGCGGGAUGGGUCCAUCAUGGGGUUCAUCAGCAGGGAGAGAACAGCUGAACUGUUGAAGGAAAAACGGACCGGGACCUUUCUGCUCCGCUUUAGCGAGAGCAAAACAAAUGGAGCCAUCAGCUUCAGCUGGGUCGACAACUCCAAUGGUGCGCCUUUUGUGCAUUCAAUAUAUCCCUACACCAAGGACGAGCUGGAGAAGACGUCUCUGCCGGACUAUAUCAACACUUACAGUCUGAGAGGCCGGAAGAGCAGACAUACCAACCCCCUGCUCUACCUGUACCCAGACAUCCCCAAAGACACCGCCUUUGGACACUACUUCACCAACACUGCAGAGAAAGUGCUGAGCGGAGAUGGGUACGUUCACAGAAAAAGGGGGGAUUUCUCAGAUAACCCUACACCACCUCCGUCUCCACCUAGGGAGCCCAAUACGGACAUGGACAUGGAGAUGGACGAAGAAACAAAACUGGAGUCUCAUGAAGUGAUUCAGGAACUCUUUGCUGAUUCAUCCAUAUUUCCUGAACACUACGGCUCAUGGACAUCUUAUUAAAAAAACGGCAUCAACUCCAACCAGCUUUGUCGAUCCCCGUUGCUCCGUUUGAGUGUGCAUCAGAAAGAAUCAAGAAUAUUGUCUUAUGUGUUUGUAAUGAUUCUCCAAAGAUUCUGCUUAAUGUAUAUAUUGUGCUAAGCUACAAGUAAUGUUAAGAAUGUAGGUGUGCUAGAGAUGGAUCUUACAAAAUGUGUGACGGAUUUCUACUGCACUGUUUCAACAUUUCUAUGAAACUUGAUUACGUUUUUACAAAUGAGUAAAAAUGUCUGCUGUUGUGUUUAAAAUCACUUGUAAAUGUACUUUUUUUUUUUCAAAUGAAAAUCUGAAUGCAUUAAAAUGCCAAGAGAAAUUUAAUCUGCUUUAGGCAAUACAAUACAAACUUUAUUUAUGCACAGAAAUGGGCACGUUCAGUGGCCUGCUGUCUGCUGGUUUGAGUUUCCCCUACAUCACCUGGUGAUCACAUGAGCUUUCAUUUUAGGAAAAACAUUUCAUCAUAAAGUGUGUAUAUAUACACCUGGUUAGUCAUUGAGAAAGUUAGCAUGAUGGUGUUAGCAUUCAGAUCAAGGCCCCCUGAGGGUGAGGGUAUGCCACAUUCUCAUGACAAGGAAAUUAUAUUAUAUAUUAUUAUUUUUGUAUUUCCCCUCAUUUGAGUUAACAGUUUGUCUUAUUAACAAGAAUGUGUUAUUGACACUUCUGGGGGUCCGUACUUUGUCUAAUAUAUGUUUUCAACCUGU